AGGAGCCUAAAACAUCUGGAGCGGCUCUUUCUCUGGAGAGCUGGACCUCCGUCUCCUUUUCUGCUUUGCCCAUCACUUGUGCACAGAUGGCAAGCAGUAAAGAGAUGACACCCUCUGAUGUUGCAAUGAACUCCACGAGCAAUUACGAUUACCUUGAUUAUUCAGUGAACUCCACAGAUGAUUACGUCUACUACAGUCCAUUCGAGAACGAUUCGCUGCCAAUGUCCAAUGUCUACAUUCCUGUGCUCUACUUCAUCAUGUUCUUCGCUGGCUUCUUGGGGAACCUUUUUGUCAUUUUGGUAAUCGGCAAACGGCGACAGAAAUACGGACGUCUUGUGGACACCUUCGUGCUGAACUUGGCAUUAGCCGACCUUGUGUUCGUUCUCACGUUGCCAAUUUGGGCGGUUUCGGCACUUAAUGGCGACUGGCCCUUUGGUGAGGUCCUGUGCAAGAUCAGCAGCUUCAUCAUUGCGGUCAACCGCUUUUCCAACAUCUUCUUCCUCACCUGCAUGAGCGUGGACCGGUACUUGGCUAUCGUGCGCCUCAUGGACUCUCAGUUCCUACGGAGUACCAAGUGUGUGCAGAUCACCUGUGGCAUGGUGUGGAUCAUUUCGUUCUUCCUUGGAAUUCCAUCGUUGGUGUACCGUCGGUUGAUAGACGAUACUAUGUGUUCGGAGGAUUCGAAAUCGUUUUUCGUCCAAGGAAUGAAUCUCCUGACCGUAUUUCUAACCUUCCUGCUCCCUGUACUGAUUCUAGUCCUUUGUUAUGGGUCGAUUUUGGUUAACCUGCGGCGUCACUGUCACACUGCCGCAAACUCACGUGCAGAAGCCAGACAACGCCAUACCCUCAAGAUCGUGUUGGCCAUAAUUGCUGCUUUUCUGAUUUCCUGGCUUCCUUUCAAUUUGUUGAAGACCAUCCAAGUCAUCUUACUGAUGAGAACGGGAGAUCUUAGCAGGGACACAAGGUCGAUCAUACUUAAUGGGCUCACGCUGUCCUGCUGCCUGGCAUUUCUCAACAGUUGUGUAAAUCCAGCCAUCUACUUUUUUCUGGAUCAGCAUUUCAGGCGCAGAGCCUCGGCCCUGUGUCUGAGCUGCCUGGGUCAAGGAGAAGUCCACCAGAGCUCUUCUAAUACUUUCUCUAAUGCCACUUCUGAUACUUACUCUGGAAAUACUUCGACCCGUGGACGGCUUUUCUCACUUACUCAGAAGGAGUGAAAUCUAUACUGUUUUCAGAGCACACUCUUUCUUUAUCAGUGAUAAUAUCAGGUGAAGUCGAUAUAUACUUAAAAUAUUUUGUUUUUUAAGCAUUUGCUAUAAUAUGAAUUGAUCAUACUGAGCAUUUUAGAUGAAUACUGCAUAUUUCUGCAUUAAUUUGAUUUCAUUUGUGAGCAACGUUCUAUACAUUCUGUUUUUGAUUUCCUACAUUAUAGAUUGGUGAACAUGUUACUUAGUGUACAAGAUACAUAAAAAUAAAUUGCACACAAUGCAAGCAUGUAAGUACACAUUUUGACAGUAAUCUAAAAAAUGUUUAUACUGUUAUACACAACUUCAUUUUUAUAUUUACUUGUGUUUGCUAAGUAAUCAAACUUUUGAGCAAUGUUAGUUCAUAAAAAAUGCAUUCGAUGUAUUAAUGCAUUAAUAGAAAAAAAUGCAUUGAAAAUGUGUUUGCUAAGUAAUCGAACUUUUGAGCAAUGUUACUUCAUAAAAAAUAUGCAUUAGAUCUAUUAAAUGCAUUAAUACAAAACAAAAUGCAUUGAAAAUGUGUUUGCUAAGUAAUCAAACUUUUGAGCAAUGUUACUUCAUAAAAAAUGCAUUAGAUGUAUUAAAUGCAUUGAAUCUUGUACUUAAUGUAUAGGAUUAAUUAAGGUAAAUCACAAGCAAGCAUGUAUGGACAUAUUUUUGACAGUAAUUGUCUAAAGCAUUAUUAUUCCACAUGGACAUUAGUCAUUUAGUAAUUAUGCACCCGCUUCGGAUGUUAUCUAUGAAUAUUCAGAAUUUAUUAUGCUUUUUCCUACAACUUUAAAAUAAAUGUAUAUGUAUAUACAGUAUAUAUAUACUUGUGUAUGUAUGCUAAGUAAUAAACUUUCUUAUAGUA